AAUUUGUAAAUCUGAUCUACCAGGUUUUAUAAGAGUAUAAGGCGACAAACAGAGAAAUCAUGACGUUUUGGUAGGCUCCAACUAUUUUCUUGAUAAUUUGUCCCUUCCAUAUGUCUACUUAUAGGAUAUCGAAGAAGCAAACGAACCCAAGCCUCUCCAGAAUCAAAGUUUCUUUUGUCAAGUUCUCUACAUGUCUCAUCUCUACACUGUCCCAAUAGUCCUUCCUCCUCAAAAGAAAAAACAUGUGCUUGCAUGCAUGUUGAAGUGUUUGCCACUCUGUUGAUGUGCAUGUAUCAUCUGUUUUACAAAUUAUAUUCCAAUACUAAAACUCACUUCAGUUGUCAUCUUGUUUAACACUGUAUUCAUCACAGAACUGAGUAGUAUUAAAUCUAGCACCAUCAAAAACCAUCUCUUUAACUCCAUGGACGGUGAGCAAACGGAUAGCAACCUUCGUGUUGCCUCAUUUUCCUAUUAUCUGAACUCUAAAGAUGAAAACUUUGUUUUCAAUCUUGCUAAAGGAAUUCCAGAUUCUUCUUCUCCCAUCAUGUCGCCUGAAGAGACUCCUCGUCUGAUCAACUUGGGGAGAAGUAGGAACAAUGAGCCUGAAUUUAGUGUAUUUGCUGCUGACAGGUACUUCAACACAAGAAAGGAAUGUUCUGAUUCUUCAAAGUAUGAGCUUGAAAAGGAAAAGAGCGUCGACCUACACCUGCUACAACAGAAGAUAAGGCCAAGAACUCCAAGUAUUAGUUCUGAAGCCAGCAGCUGGAACAGCCAAUCUGUGUUGUUACAUAGUCUCCAGAAGAACCCUUCCCAGAUAAAGCACAAGAAGGGGUUCGGCUUGAAAUAUUUUCCAUUUUUCGGUUGCCAGGGGUCUUGUUCAGAAAAGAAGGCAGUAUACGUCAACGAAAGGGCUGAUCAUGGAGUGCUUCAUGAAAUCCAGCAAUCCCAACCUCAACCAAAAAUGGCUGAGCAAUUCUCAUUCCCAGUUCUCAAUUCAGGGAUCACAAAUUCAGAAGUUCAAGAACGGUUUAAAGAAGAGACAGUACAACAAGUGGACCCUAGAAAUUCAAUCGAGGUGUUUGGCUUUGCAAGGCCAAAAAAGAGAGACAACAUAGCAGUUAAUAUGGAGAGGAAGCUGUCCAUUUUAACAUGGGAUGCAAUUCCAAAGGUCCAGAGCCUUGUAACAACGUCUUUUGGGAGCAGCGCGCUGUGUGAUGAUAUGGCAAGUGAUGCCAGUUCUGAUUUGUUUGAGAUAGAGAACAUUUCAGGCACUGAUCAUACAGUGUUAUCUAGGCAAGAAUCUUGCAACGCGUCCUGCAUGACCUCUACUACACAGUAUGCACCAAGUGAGGCCAGCAUCGAGUGGAGCGUUGUCACAGCCAGUGCUGCAGACUUUUCAUCCGUCGUCUCUGAUUAUGAAGACGCAAGUGUAAGCGUCAAAGGAAGAAUGAUCUCUGGACACGCGAGGAACAAGACUGACUGCCCUAAAAAGGUACAUAUCAAAGAGCCGCCAAAAAACGGACCUAGCAAGCUGUUGGGAUGCAGUAAUCAUAAAGCAGUGAGGGUAGCAGAGUCCACUCAUAGGACUAAGGAGAAAUUUGAAAGAUGAAACUAUAUAUCUGAUUCCAGGAAUCUCCUCUUAUGUUCUUGUUAGCAGCUUGCACUGCAGUAAUUGUCUUUAUCUAUGCAUAUCGGAACAAUAAAUUAGAGGAAGCUGCCAAAGUCAUAUAUUUGUUUUGCAUCAUUAGUUAAGGUUUAGUUUGUGAGGAACAUGUUACUGUUUAAGCUUAUUCUCCACUGUUGCUUGUUCUGCUUCUGUAAUCACUUUAUCUAUUUCCUCUUUUCUGUUACUGAAUGUUUCAUAUCUGUGUGUAAUUUGUCACCAAAGGGCAGAACAUUCCUAAAAGCAUUUGGACCCUUGUUUAAAGUAAAAAUCAAUUAUA